GCCGAGCCGAGCCCAGGCGAGUCGAGCCCAGCCGCGCCGCUCGCACAAGAGCAGUGGCACCGUGUGCUCGCUUUUGGGGGGGAGCGUGUUUGCUUUCCUUUUAGGGGGAAGCGGGAGGAAGGUGGCCGUGGGGGUCCGUCCCUGCCCGCGCGUGUGCGGAGAGGGGCCGCCGGCAGCGCCGGGGGUGCUCCGCGCCCUCGCCCUGCCCGCGGUGCAGUUACGAUGCGCCCCGGACGCCGUGUGGUUGCAGCGCGCCGGCGCUAACAUCGCUCACCAUGGACAGCUUCGACUUAGCUCUCCUUCAGGAGUGGGACCUGGACUCUCUAUGUGUCUAUGAGCCAGAUAGAAAUGUGCUGCGAAGGAAAGAAUGGGAAAGGAGAAAUCAGGAGGCCCAGCAGGAGGAUGGCACAUUUAAUACGAGCUAUUCCCUCUUCAGUGAACCAUACAAGACUAACAAGGGGGAUGAGCUUUCCAAUCGCAUCCAGAAUACGUUGGGCAACUAUGAUGAAAUGAAAGACUUGUUAACUGACCGAUCAAACCAGAGCCAUCUCGUUGGGGUUCCAAAACCUGGGGUUCCUCAGACGUCUCUCCCCAAGCCUGAUGACCAUUUUAUUGCAGACUCAAGACUGCCACCUCCUCCUCCCAUUUCGAGCACUACUUCUUCCAAACCAUCAUCCCUAGCUGCCCAGCAGAGCAAAAGUACCACAAUGGGCUGGCAGAAGACUGGGCGUAAUGCCGCUUCAGAUGGCCAGCAGAGAGUGAGCAAACAUGGACACCGGUCGCUGGAGUCACACAAGGGUGACUUCAAGUUGGCGAACCAAAAAUCCAAUCUGGAGAAACUAAAACGCUAUGCAUCGAGUCCCACCUCCUCUUCCUCCACUUCCUCCUCCUCCUCCUCCUCCUCCUCCUCUUCCUCUUCCUCCAAUACUGCCCAGCAAAGCUCACUGAGGGCCACGUUAGGAGACAACAUCAGUAGAGUGCAGCAGCCAGCAAAGCUCAGUUGUAGCUCAGAAGGAGGAACUCAAGCACAAGAGAGGCCAGCAAAGCAUGGUGGUGGGCACUGCGUCCAAAACUUCCCACCCUCUCUUGCUUCAAAGCCCAGUCUCGGUCAGCAGAAACCAACAGCUUAUGUAAGGCCAAUGGAUGGUCAAGACCAGGCUCCUGAUGAGUCUCCAAAGCUGAAGUUACCAGCAGAGACGACCAAAUCAUAUAGGGGAGUGCCUUCCAACAAGCCUGAUUCGGCCAGGCCCAAGUCCAAGAUAGCCAAGUUCAACAUUCCUAAGCAAGAAGAAGACAGUGGAACAGGAGAUAACAGCUGCAUUGAAGAAAUAUUACGGGAGAUGACCCAUUCCUGGCCUCCACCACUGUCAGCUAUUCACACACCAGGAAAGGCAGAGCAAAGCAAGUUUCCCUUCUCAAAUAAGGAGUCACAACAGGGAUCUACAGGACACAGCAAUACAAGGAAAAGUGAUGUAGAGCCAAAGAGCCCAGAGAAAAGCGCAACCCAUACAUCAAUGCUAGAAGAUGACCUCAAGUUAAGCAGUGAUGAAGAAGAGAAUGACCAGCAGGCAGCACAGAGAUCUGCUCUCCGCGUUCUAUCUGACAGCCUGGUGGUGCCACAGCCCAAUGCCCGAGCCUCAGGACUCUCCAGCAAGGGGUCAAGCAGCAGCAGCUCCAGUGAAUCCGAGACCAGCUCAGAGUCUGACUCAGAGAGUGAAAGCAGCUCCAGCGAGAGUGACGGCAGCAAGCCCUCGCAUUACUCCAGCCCAGAGCCCGAGCCGCCGUCGUCCAACAAGUGGCAGCUGGACAAGUGGCUGAAUAAAGUUACCACGCACAAAGCACCCAUCCUAACCCACCAAGAUGGCCCAGCGCUGGAAGCCCAUCCCUACUACGGCCGCGUGAAAGUCGAGCGGCAGGAAAGCGAGAAGGCCUCGGCGGAGGGUCCGGCCGAGCACCGCAGCGGGGAGAGCCGCACCGCCACCGCCGCCGGGGACGGGCCGCGGCCCAGGACCGCCAGCAAAGCGCCCGGCAGCAAGGGCAGCCGGCAGAAGUCACCCCUCGCUGCCGACGGCGCGCCCCCGAGGCGGGCAGCGGGCAAGAAGGCACCGCGGCGAGCCGAGAGGACCCCCGCCGGAGACGGUCCCCACUGCCCCGGCGCAGAGGAGCCCCCCCGGAGCCACAGCUUCCCUGAAGGCGCUGCUGGUGAGGCGCCGAGAGCCCGGCCCGGCGGCACCGGCAGCGGCGGGGGCUGCAGAGCGGGGCAUCGCCGGGAGCCCCGCUCAGCUGCAGCUGGUGAGAAGCGUCGGGCCCGGGGGCCGAGCAAAACGGCGCCCAAAUCCAAGGAGUUCAUCGAGACCGAGUCUUCAUCCUCUUCAUCCUCCUCUGACUCCGGCUCUGAGUCGGAGCGGGAGGAGCGCCCGCUGCCCAAGGCGCCAGCGGCAGCCGGGUCCGAGCCGCGUGCCAAGGACGCGGGGACCGGCACCGCCAGCAAACCCCACGGCGGCUGCAGUGCCUUUGGCUCAAUUAAUGCCAGGACUAGUACUGAAAUAGCAAAGGAGCUGGAGGAACAGUUUUACACCCUGGUUCCUUUCGGUAGGAAUGAGCUCCUGUCUCCUCUGAAAGACAGUGAUGAGGUAAAGUCGCUGUGGGUCAACAUUGACUUAGCUCUUUUGUCCAGGAUUCCAGAGCGUUUGCCCGAAGAACCGCUGGCCAUGAGCGCCGAAGCAAACCAGGCGGCCAGCCUCCCGCAGGGUAGUAGUGCUGAACCCCCCGCAGAGAAGGGUUUACCGAAAUCUAGAAGGAAACGCAAGUGUGAGAAUGAGGAGGAGUGCAGAGACAUCAAGAAAACUCACUUAGAACAAGAGAGUUCUUCACGAUUAGCUGCCUCAGCCCACAGCAUCACAACAGCAAAUCACUGCAAUAUGAAUGAAAAUAGCUUGGCAAUACCAAUAAAUAAAAAUGAGAAAAUGCUUCGGUCACCCGUCUCUCCCCUCUCUGAUGCAUCAAAACACAAAUACUCCAACGAUGAUUUAACUUCCUCCAGCAGACCUAAUGGCAGCAGUCUAUUACCUUCCAUCUCCUCCAGCAAAAAGCAAAAGGGUGAAAUCCAGUCGCAGCCACAUCCCGGAGACUUCAAUAAAGCAAUUCACCUCAAUUCAGAAAAUGUUCUUCUCUGCAAUAAGCCACAGUCCCAAACACAGCCUUGGUCACCUCUGUCCAGCACACCCAGGGACUGCAGAAGGACAAAGCUUAUCUUUGAUGAUAUGCCACGCAAUGCAGAUUACUUUAUGCAGGAAGCUAAACGGAAGAAGCAUAAAGCAGAUGCAAUGGUGGAGAAGUUUGGAAAGGCACUGAAUUAUGCAGAAGCAGCGCUAUCAUUUAUUGAGUGUGGAAAUGCAAUGGAACAAGGCCCAAUGGAAUCUAAAUCCCCUUAUACCAUGUAUUCAGAAACAGUUGAACUCAUCAGGUAUGCAGUGAGACUAAAAACCCACUCAGGCCCCAAUGCCACGCCAGAAGACAAACAGCUGGCAGCAUUAUGUUACCGCUGCCUGGCUCUUCUGUACUGGAGGAUGUUCCGACUCAAGAGAGACCACGCGGUCAAGUAUUCAAAAGCGCUUAUUGAGUAUUUCAAGAAUUCAUCAAAAUCUGCACAGAACCCGUCUCCUUGGGGUGCCAGUGGAAAGAGCACAGGAACUCCAUCACCUAUGUCCCCCAGCCCAUCUCCAGUCAGCUCUGUAGGAUCCCAGGGGAGCACAGGGGCCCCUUCCCCAUCUCCUAUCAUCAGCAUUCCUCAGCGCAUUCAUCAGAUGGCCGCCAACCACGUCAGCAUCACCAACAGCAUCCUCCACAGCUAUGACUACUGGGAGAUGGCUGACAACUUGGCCAAGGAAAACAGAGAUUUUUUUAAUGAUUUGGAUGCAUUGAUGGGACCUAUCACCUUGCACAGCAGUAUGGAGCAUUUAGUUCAGUACACUCAGCAAGGACUUCACUGGGUGCGGAAUAGUGCUCACUUGUCAUAAUGACUGCUUGCCAUUCACAUGGACAGUAUACCUUUCAUGGAUAACUCAGUUAUUCUGGACACUGUGCUACAGAAAUAGUCAGCCACAGCAUUGAUCCAAACAAAGGUGAAUAUUUCUUCAAUACUGAGCAAAAUUUUUCUGACUGUAGACAUGUAUGUGUGCAGCAGUACAAUAUACAGUGAUGUCUCUUCAGAAUGAAUUGUUUGUUCUACAUCACUCUCAAAACAUUUCCAUACACUAGAAAUACUAUAAAGAACUGAUCUUGAUGCACAAAACAUACCCUUUCUAUUCUUGUACUAAAAAACUCAAAAACCAAAAUCUCACGGGUUGAUUGAGCCGAGUGCAAUAAGCACAGAUCCCUAUUCAGGAAAGCUCAGAACAGAUUCUUAACUUUAAGCUGGUACUGAAAUCCUGAUGACUUCAGCAGAGCUUAAGCACAUACACAAGGGCUCUCCUGAACUGGAAUGAAUGAGGGCAAAUUAUAGACAUGGAGAACUUUUACUGCGAGCAUGGGCACGUCACAGAAGUUUCAGUAUUAAUGUGCCAUCUCCCUGUUACUUCUCCACUGGAGCACAGAGAGGAGUUGUGUAGCCCCAUUAAGUCAGACAAAGAUGGCAUUCCUUCAUGUGCAAUAAGUUUCAACAAAUUGCAUGCGUUUCUUUAUCUCCUGUCUUUUUAAGUAACUUUAUCUCUCGUUCAGUUCCUCACCAACAGUACAACCUACGGUAUCAAGCAAAAGGCCUGAAAACAGAUAUGCUGAUAGCAAGAACUUAAAAGAGACAGUGGAAAAUUGCAUUUUGUUACUGACAGUAAAUAGAUAAUGAAAAAAUAUGGCAAACAGCAAUCCACUUAGGAAAGAAAAUGUGUUAAUUUCAGCUGCACACACACAGAGACAGAUAUUUAUAACAGUUGUUGGCUUUCCAUGGGAAGGCUCCAUCCUGCAGAUUUUGACUUUCAUAUCUUUUUCAUCUAGCAGAAGCUUGCAGCAUUUUCUUCCAAGCUGUAUGGGAGCAUUACAUGCAAUUUCCUUUAUCUGGGAAGCUGAGUUUGCUGCUCAUCAGGCUAAGAACUGUUUCCUAUCAUAAUCCUCUCACUCUCCAUGCAUAAUCCUCAACUAGGCUUUAACGCUUCUUGAUUUAUGGGAUGUUUUCAGUUCUUGUUGACAGGCUGUGUUUUUCAUGCCAGAAGAAUUAAUCCCACAAUAAUUGGAGUUUAAUUUGGGUCAGCUGAGGUCAAGGCCAGUUCAUAUCAACUGUGCUUGCAUUCAGUGCAUUUUUGUUCAUUUUAAGUGAUUUUUGCAUAUUUAGGGAUGUUUUUCUGUAUUGGAAAUAUAAUUUUUUUGCAAUCAGAUUUGCAGCCUUUACUCCAAUCAUCAGUUCCAGUGACUUCCAAUGGACUGUUCUUGUCUGAGUCACUAGUUAGACCCUUUCAUUAUUGUUUUCUGAUCUCAUUUACAUACAUAUUAAGGAAAUUUGAGUACAAAAGACACUUUCAAUAGAAGAUACAGGUAGAAGUAGCUACUGAUAUAAAUGGUUGAUUAAAUGGUCCUUGCUGCCUUUUUUUUCUUCCCUCAUUUUUGAAGAGCUGCAUUCUGAAGAAAGGUACCAAACAAUGCAGUAUGAUUUCUCAGUAAAAUGUCUUCGGUAGCACAGGUUGUAUGUAAAGAUGGGCUGGUGAGCACCCUGAGCCCCACAUAGCUGUGAUUUUGGCAAGGCUCCUUAGCAUAACUCCAGCUAUUGCUCAGGCUCAGAGCCUUCACUGUGUUCUUUGGAGCAGCUCAGCAGGGUAGCUACCAAGGAGCUGCUCAGCCCCAAGACAUCCUGGGACGAUAUUUAUGUGCCCAUCAGUGCUCAGAUACUUCCCCCACAAGAGAAGUCCUGAGCUCAGCUGUGGUCACCUCUUAGCAUGGACUUGAGUGUUAGAGGGUGGCUGGCUCUAAGAGUGAACACAUACAUGCCUUUAAAUGACAAAAUACACAACCUCUGAGUCCUCCUGUCACUCUUAACCUUGGCUGUUACCCAUCCCAGAAGGAACACAGUUUGUUUUGUCACAAGUAUUGUGGAGAACUUGAUCGGUGCCUUUCUGUUUAUCACUUGCCUAAUCUCCAGCUGUGGAAGUCUGUCAGGAUAUACUAGACUAGUAGCAACAGAUUCUGUCAGCUGCUUCAAUACCAUAUGAAGGUACUGUGGAAUUUCCCCUCAGAUCAGGAAAGUGAAAUUCCAGUUAGAUUAGCUUUUGUUUUCUUUGACGGUGCCUAUGAUGUUUAUCUUCAGAUAAGUUUGAGGUUUUGGGAGCCCUUUCUGCUAUUUAAUGUUGAGAAAUUUUAGAAGUGACAUAUAUUACUUGCCUUAAAUGGAGUUUAGUUUUCUUGCACAUGUGGCAUUUGAGUUUCAAAUAUGGAACUUUGAAGCAUGUUUAUUUUACUAAGAUCGGGAUAUUUUUAUUAAUCAUGAUGAACUCUUUAUAUGUAUAUAAUAUGUCAAGAAACUUCAAAGAAAUGCAAGAAUUAAUGCUGUUCUGUUGUAACAUUUCCAAGUAUUAAGGAUUCUUGCAGAUGAUUGUUCUUUCCUGUAUGUUGUUCUCAUAUUGAAUUAUUUUGGCUGAAUACUCAUUGUUUCCAUGGAAAAACACACUGGUUUUUAGCGUUUGUGCGGGCAUCAUCUGUGUUGUCUGAUGAGAAUGCUGAGCCUUAAUUUCUAGUGGUUCAACAGGAUGAAUGGAUUAGAGGGUUUGGCUUUCUCUCCAUAGGGUUUCUUGCAGCUAUACUAUUUUGGUGAGGUUAUUUAGAAUACUCUUCUGUUCAGGCUAUUUGCCUGAGGGCUGUGGCUGAUUAGAUGACUGAAUGUGGCACAGUGACAACACUUCAUUUGAUCUUCUUAGGGCCUGGUCUGAAAAAGUGCAUGUGACUUUCAGGUCUGGUCCAGUUAAGCAUAUGCUCCACCUUAAGAACCUGAAUAAUAUUAGGCUCUUCACACUGAGACACUCAGUGUGUUCUGGAUAGGACCAGAGGAGACUGUCUUUCUUUGGGGCUCCAUGAAAAACAAUGACUCAUUUUAGUCUGUUGUGAAAGUCCGGGAAUGUGCAGGUUCUUUGUGCCAUAGCAAUGUCCAGGUUCAUUUUGAGAAAGUAAGAAGUCAUCCCGUACAAAUCCAGAAGAAUCACAGAAUCACAGAAUAUGCCGAGUUGGAAGGGACCCAUAAGGAUCAUCGAGUCCAACUCUUGGCCCAGCACAGGACAUCCCAAGAAUCACACCAUGUGUCUGAGAGCGUUGUCCAAACGCUUCUUGAACUCUGUCAGGCUUGGUGCUGUAACCACUUCCCUGGGGAGCCUGUUCCAGUGCCCAACCACCCUCUGGGUGAAAAACCUUUCCCUGAUAAGUAACCUAAACGUCCCCUGACUCAGCUUCAUGCCGUUCCCUGGAGUCCUGUCACUGGUCACAAGAGUGAAGAGAUCGAUACCUGUGCCUCAAAGUCCCUUCAUGAGGAUGUUGAAGACCACAAUGAGGUCUCCCCUCAGUCUCCGCUUUUCCAGAUCAUGCCUGGAAGGAGAAAUUUGCUUACAGAGGCUUCUGAAGCAGUAAGGGUUGGUAAAGAAAUGGGACGGAUUCAAAGGAAUUAGGUAUUGCAGAUGGAUGUGACAAAUGCAGAACAGCCUAUAGGAUCUUCACAGAGAGCAAGAUCAUACAGACUCCUUGGCCUUAAUCCUUUACAGUAUUCCAUCAUGGCAUGAGUGACAGGUAAGAACAAAGCAUAUGCAGAGGUUCAGUUGUGGCCAAAAGUCAGACAUGUCCUCCCAGUCACAUGACAGGAUACCCAAAACUCUUGUUUGCCUAUUUCUUUUGUCCAAAUACCACGGGGCUCCAAAGGAAGAGAAUAUAGUGAACAGAGGACCAUAGGUAAAGGAGAUUAAGAAGAUCAAGCCCUAAGUGUAGAUACACAUAUGUAUAUACUGUAAAUCUAAAUAGUCAUAAAAGUCACUCGGCAUGAAGGAUAUGACUAGUGCCUACCAUUGAUCAUCAAGUACUCAUCACUGAGCAGCCAUAUCACCUCAGAAGUGCAGUAGCUGUUGUCAAAAUAAUUUGUGUAGCUAAUUAAUUUAUACGAAAUGCACCUUUGGGACUGUGCCAUAGUAUCUCUUUUGUAAUACAAUUGUUCAACCAUUUUUCAUGGCUACUGAUUCAAAUCUACAUCACUGAAAUGUCAGGAUAUCUUUUCUUCCCUAGAUGAGAACAUAUACUUAGACCUGGCUAAUCUGUACUUAGUUUAUCUACCCAAGAGACUUUAGCAGUCACCAGCCUUAAUGCAUGUUCAGUAUAUACUAUUCAUUGACUUAGUAGUAGUUUUUAAUCCAAAUGAAAUUGGAAUUUGCAAAAUGACUUGGAUUAAUGGCAUCUGCCUAAGAGAUCCUGCAGAUGUGACAUUAAAUGAUUCAUGAUUUUAGGCAGGAAAGGUUGAAUUUUAUGUAAAUAACAGUGGAUGAAUUCCUUGAUCUUUUUACUAGACGAUUUUUUAAAAUUAAAAGAUUGUCAAAGCAAUAUGUUUUUUUAACUCUCCUAAAUUUUCUGGUGGGUCAUGGGUUCAUAGUAAAAGCUAUAUUAAGAACAUCUCCUUCUGCAAUAUGCCUUGCCUUUACAUAAUCCUCUUAAUGCUUAACAUGUCAGAAAGAAAUGUUUCUUUUUCAGAGCGAUAGCAACAUUUCCCUCCCCCAUUCAGGGAGAAUCCUCAAACUGAAGAAUAAAAUCUCCUGGCACAGUAGAAAUACAAACAAUGCUUGAAGAAUAUGGAGUUGUUAAUGUAACAACUGAAGUUUGGCUGGUGCAGAUCUAACAUGCCUCUCAUUUUGGUAUAUUUUUGUUAGCAUACACAUAUUUGAACUCAUUGUGUUUGAAACUAAGGAAUUAGUCCGAUUUUCAUGUCUUAAAAAGGCCUGGUUGGUCUGACGAGUAUCAUGAUUAUAAUUUUUACGUUAGCUUAUGUACUGUGCACCAAGGGCUGGGAAGGCAUGUAACCACAGAAAAUUUGUCAGAAUGCUUUCAGAAAAGCAUUUGGAUGAUCUGUCUCAAAAAAUACAGAACGUCUCUCAGCCAAUAUUGUUAGCAUGAAAAUUUGGCUACUUUGAUGUGUCUCAUAUAGCUGCCAUUUGCCCUCAGUAAGGCCAAGACUCCAUUUCCAGCAUCACUGGUGCUGUAAAUUGCUCCUAAGAUUAAUUAACAAACUGGGAAAGUCACUUUAGGCCCUGUUUGUGCUAACCUGACUAAAGCUACAUAGAGGAAAACCACUAAGAUUUAGAGCAUCCAGGGCUCUGUUGUUCUUUCAAAAGACUACAGUUUUCCUCAGUGAGACAGGUGGGAUCCAGUUGGGGCUACUUCUUCAGUUGGGGCUAUUUCUCUCCCUCCAUUUGCUGUCUGGCUCUGUUGCUCUUGGCAGCCCACAAGUAUGCCUGCACUUUCAGGGGUGUUUGAUAAUUUGGCAGUCCAAGCUACCUUUUAAAUGAGGUGCUGGAGCACAGAGCAAGUAACUCACAGGUUGCGUAAAGGGCCUUGCUUUUGCCCCCCAAACCAGCAGCAAAUACAGGAAGGCUCACUUGCUUUUUCAGUCUGUGAGCUUGAAUCUCACACAUCGUAGCUUGAAGCCCAGCCUCAUCGCUGCUGCCCUUGAAGGAUUCCAGAGGGUCCAAGGGAAAUAACAGAAUUAGGGGGAAAAGGGGGGAUUUCCUCUGUCCCAAGGCACUUAUUCCCUUUUUGGGAGCGAAUAGUGAACAACAUGGAUGAUAAGGCACUCAGGUCUCAUGUUUCUCGUAUAUACUAACAUGGGGAUACUUAACACUUAUCUGCCUCAUAGGGCUUUAUGAAAAUUAAUUAAUGUUUGCAAAUCACUUUGUAUCCUCAGAAGGAAAGUGCUGUAGAAGAGCUAUGGAAAAAACUGCUAAGUACAGUGGAUGAAUUUUGCCCCUGAGUCCAGAGCUACAAGACCCUCAAAAUCCUUAAAUACGGUGUAAGCUCUUGAUAUAAGCACCAGAGAGAAUAAAACUUUUGCUUAGUGCUGAGGGGAGUCACAGCCUAGGUGAAAUUGCCAUUCCCAUAGUAUCUAUAACUAUGAUCCUGGUAGAGAGCAAGAAUUACAAGCAUACAUAAGGAGACAAACAGCAUAGGUUUGCCAAGUGUUGCAUGGCCAUCGAAGAAUUUCACAUCUUUUUAUGGCUUUCAGCCACUUUGUAUUUCUGCGGAAGAAAUUUGUACAAAGUGUGUUUCUCAUAACAGCUUCAGAAGUGUUCAAAUAUUUGUUAUUCCAAAUCCAGCUUCAAAUAACUUCAAAUCAAUGGAAAUUUUCUCUUAGAACGAUGCACUGCAGAGAGAACUAGUUGCUUAACAAAACAUUAAAAAAAAAGUCUCUCGUAAGAAAAUAUGUGUCUGAUGCACAUUGUGAGUAACUGAACUGGGAAGUCAGAGAUGCACUGGGAGCAUAAUAUGGUAGUUACCUUCCCAAAUCACACCAUUGUUAGCCAGCAUCCCCAAGUCAAACUCUCAGCUUUUUUCUGACACAUUACAAGUAGAAGUCAUCAAUAAAGCACUUCACCAAGGAUUGAACACCAGUCAAAUCAACAAAAUGUUUCUAUUGUGGUUCAUGUUAUUCAGUCAAUACUAACAAGUCCUUCCUUGGCACUAAAUACCUUUGCUCCUCCACUUGGCAUUCUUAGAUAUGGAAUUCUCACCCUAUCAACAGACAUCAAAGGAAACACUUCCGGCAGGAACUAGUUAGACAUAGGUGAUAUUUACCAAAGGACAAGCCCUUCUUAUUCUUUUUCUCACUUCCAUUUUGGAAUAUAUUUCUAUUGAAAAAGGGUAUUUUCAUUUGCAGUUUAGAAUUAUCAUAGAAUCAUAGAAGGGUUUGGGUUGAAAGGCACCUAGUUCCAACCGCCCUGCCAUGGACAGGGACACCAUCCACUGGACCAGGCUGUUCAAAGCUCCAUCCAACCUGGCCUUCAACACUUCCCAUAUAUGUGGCAUCCACAACUUCUCUGGGCAACCUGUUCCAGUGCCUCACCAUCCUCAUUGUGAAAAUUUCUUCCUUAGAUCUAAUCUAACUCUAACCUCUUUCAGUUGAACACUGUUGCCCCUUGUCCUGUCACUACAGGCUCUGGUAAAAAAUCUUUCUGCACCUUUCUUAUAAACUCCCUUUUUGUAUGAAAAGGUCACGGUAAGAUCUCCCCAGAAUCUGCUCUUCUCCAGGCUGAACAACCCCAGCUCUCUCAGCCUGUCUUUGUAGGAGAAGUGCUCCAGCCCUCUGACCAUCUUCAUGGCCUCCUCUGGACCUGCUCCAACAGGUCCAUGUCUUUCCUGUACUGAGUAUGCAGAUCUGGACUCAGUACUCCAGGUAGGGGUCUCAUGACAGCAGAGUAGAGGGGGAGAGUCACUUCCCUCAACCUGCUGGUCAUGCUUUUUUGGCUUUGUGGGCUGCAAGUGCACAUUGCUGGCUCCUGUUCAGCCUCUCACCCACUAGCAUCCGCCAGUACUUCUCAGCAGGGCUGCUCUCAAUCAGAACAUCCUUAAUCUGUAUUGAUAUUGGGACUUGGACUAACACAGAUGUGGCACCUUCUACUUGGCCUUGUUGGACUUCAUAAGGGUCACAUGGGUCCUUUCCUCAAGUCUGUCUAGGUCCCUCUGGAUGUCAAGGUCCCUUUGGGGACUGUCCUGCAGUUCUAGACAUUUUCUUCCUCAACUCCAUCUCCCAGCCUGGGCUUGUGACACGCAGGACAAGGUAGAGUUGAAAUUAGUCACAGGGAAAAGGUGAAAGUCAGUGCAGAGCUACUCCAAGCACCUCAGGACUUUUCUGCUUUCUUCUCAUUCCCACCCUACCUGUGGGAGUGGCACCCACCUCAUCCCAUUAUUCCUAGCAAGAGAAUUCAGUUCCCUCUUGAGGAAGAGACAGUGGGUGCUGAUGACUUCAUGCACAAUUUCUGACAGCUCUUCUCCUCUGCAUGGAAAGGCAGCAGAUGGGAGAGAGCAUUAAUCUGGGGAAUGUGUUGGUGACUCAAAUACCUUGUGUGAAACAGAAGUGCAGCUGGAGCGGUUCCAGCAGCAUCACCAGGCCCAACACCUUGGCCUGACACUGUGUUACUGAUCUGCUUCAGUAAGCAUUGCCACUUUAUGGCCCUGCUGUAGAAUGAGCAGGAGCUGGUGGUCACACCUGUGCAAUGACCUUUUUUAGGCUCUUAAGGACACAACAGCCUUGUUAAAUAGGAAGAGAGGGUGAAAUGGGAGAGGAAAAAAGGUCCUGAUUUAAACACAGAAGUUGGGAUUUGCCUCGUCUUGUACAGAAGGUCUGAAAUAAGCACAAUGAAUCACACCCUAGAAAUGCUUGUUUCUGUCUACUGGCUACAAAGGGAAUUUAGGUGAUGAGUUCAGAUAUAGAGGUGCCAUAAAUCCCACCCCAGGUUUACAGUCACACCUGUUGCUGACAAGAGUGCAUGAUGAAAUUGGUAAAUAUCGUAGGAUGCGCUGAGGCAGGAUGGUGCUGAGAUCAUGUUGGGAGAGAGCAGAUAUGCAGGAAAAUAGGUAUGGAGUAAAUAUAGUUCCUUCUGAGCUAUUUCAAGCAUACAUUUUAGACUUGGACCAUCUCUUGACCACUCUGUAAUUCACUGGGCCUAAAUCCAAAGUAGUUCCUUGAGAACUGAUUGAGCAUCUUUCUUCUACUAAGAUUACUGAAAUAUCAAGGAAAUAUAUUUUACAUUUUACUAAACACUUGCAGGCACUUUUCCCAGAUGCUGCCUGGAAGUAGAGCUGGCUUCCUUUAAAGAAGGAGAAACAGUUUCUCUGUAGGUGAUGAAAGAGAUGAGAUUGGCUGUGAGCCCACGAGGCCAAUAUUACUCUUUUUUAUGGAAAUUCAGCGUCAUUUUUCAAUUCACUAUGUGAAAAUGACAAUUUUAUCCAUGAUGAACAGCCUAUAGGCUACACAGGAACACCUAAAGCUUGUGGCCUGCCUGCAGACCAGCAGUCCUCUACCAGCUCCUAGUGCUGGCUUCCCUUGGUGUCAGUGGAGGCAGAAAGAGCAGUGGUACGUUGAGAGCUUCAGAGCAGCCAGGUCAGGGUGUGCUUGCAGUACCAUUGGUAGGCUGUCUCUUCCCAUGGAUGGCAACAGAAGGGGCAGGAACCAAAGCAGAGGAGCCAAAGCAGAGAAGCCAGGCAGUGUGAGAACUGCCCAAGGCUAAUCCCUGGUCCUCCUGUGCAGGGACAAUGCCCCGUGCUGACCAUGGCAAAUGGAGACAAUAACAAGUAUAACAAAUCAUGGCUGCACGCACACUUACUGCCUUUAGCAACUCCCUGCCUUCAUAGGCAUGUUAUUUACGGAAACCUGGACUGCAGUGGUGCCUGCUGACCAGUGCCAUGUUGCAGUAGUCCUACAGAGUCCUACAGAGACUCUCUUCCAUGGAGCUGCCACAAUGCAGAAGCCAAAACCAAACAAUGCUGAGGGUGGGUGAGGGAAACAAAUAGGUGGAGAAGACAGUACAGAGUCAGCAAAAUAACAGGAUGCUUAAAUUUGUCACUACUUCUCCGGCCAGUUGCAACAGUCACAGAGACCCCUGCCAAUUUCCCAUGCUGCACGUAGCACCAGUGGCUGAAGAGGCAGUGUGGCAAUCCCAGUGUGGGAUCCAGCCACUGACCAUCCUCCUGACAGGCGCACUGGCAGUGCAGACAGUGCCUGGGGAGAUGUUGGUGCAUUGCAACUCUUCCCUAUCUCCCCUUUUCACACAGUGAACUCCUGUGUGACUGUCCCUGGCCAGAUGAGGUACACAGAGACCAGUUUAUGACUAGAAUUACUUUUGUAACGAACCACAGAGAUUCAUUUCCAUAUUUCAUUUACAGCAACAAACGCCAGCAGGUUUUUUGUAAAAUUAUUCGAGUUGGGAUGGCUUUGUUUGCAGCUCAUAAAAUAUCACUCAUGUUUCUCUCUGAGGAUGUGCUACCUGAGACCUCCCCCACUCUGCUACAGCAGUUUUUCUCUUUCUGCUGACCAUAAUCCCACAAUAGGUCCCCAUACAGCAGGCAAUAUUGUUUACACAGGUUAAUAAACAGAGUAUUCUGUACAGUAAUUUAUGCUGUAAAGUAUGUACAUAUAUCACAGUAGCAGUCACCAAUGCUUUAAACUGCCUUAUUUAUUAGAUCAGUUAGCAUUUCCCCCCUUGCUCCAGAAUACUUUAAAUUAUUUUUAUCUUUUGCAUUAGGUAUUUUUUUAGUUGCUGCAGUUUGACCCAAUUAUUGUCAAAAAAAAAAAGUCUUUACAGUAAAUAAAUACCUAAAAUUUAAGUAGAAAUAGCAUAUUCACUGUCCAUCCAACUAAUAAAGCUCUGAUUAUGAUUACAAAUAAAUGUGGUAUACUCUUAUGUGUGUAACAUAGUAUAUGCCAGAAAUCAUAUUCCACUUGUGAUCAAUACAAACAAGAGCUUUAGUAACUUCCACCUAUUUCAUUCUUCCAUUGUGAGACAAAAACAUAAUAAACUACUUAAUGUAAAAUGUUCCCCGUGAGAGCCCUGGUCUUAUUCCUCCCUCAGGCAAAACUCACAUUGGCUUCAGUGGGAGCUUUACCUAAGUAAAAGUACAACAUAGGGACAUUACAAAAAUAAAUAUAUCACAUAUAAACAGUACUUGUGCUUUGUAGUCAUUCCUUUCCUCUUUAGUAAGAAACAUAAGGUAGAUGCUACAACUGUAAUGCUCCUCUCACUCCUUCCCUUUUGCUGUACAAGUAAAAAAUUGAGAUUCAGAACCAAUUGUAUUUGUUCCAUUCACUCAAGCAAAAUACAAAUCUUUCAGGGAUCAGUUCCAAGUCAAACUAGAAGAUACAAAAAAAAUUUUCAUUUGUUUGUUUUCAUGUUAAAUUAUGUGACACAAUUAAACAGAUUAAUGCAUACAAAGGCAAUGAAAUUAAUAAUGACUUGUUUUACCGUUUGGAGAUUUUGCUAUGUCCGCAGUUCAUAUAAAACUCAUGUAGCACAGUUUCUGGGAUGGUGAAAAAUCCUACUGUAAUGUAACAGAAUGAGCCUUAAGGAUUUGUAAGAAUAAGCACUUUUAUAUUAAAAAGCAAAUAUUAAUUCAUCAGUAAUAUUACUUUUUUAAUGUGACAAUAAAUCAUGAAUUCAACAUC